CGUGUUCAUGUGUUGUGUAAGUGAUGAUGGUUCUGGGUUGUUCAGGAAGAUGGGGCUAAGUGAGGUGGGGAGAUAGGAAAUCAUUGAAAUCAUUUUACAUUUUCGGAGUCCUGAAAUAUAUGUUCCUUUUCUGUCAACAAGAAUGGAUACAAGUUAACAAUGACUGGAGAAAAAAAGAAGAAAAAGCGGCUGAACCGCAGCAUUCUUUUGGCGAAGAAAAUUAUAAUAAAAGAUGGAGGCAGUCCCCAGGGGAUCGGCGAGCCCAGCGUGUAUCACGCGGUGGUGGUCAUCUUCCUGGAGUUCUUCGCCUGGGGGUUGCUCACCACGCCGAUGCUCACGGUUUUACAUCAGACUUUUCCCCAGCACACGUUCCUGAUGAAUGGGCUUAUUCACGGGGUCAAGGGCCUGCUGUCCUUCCUGAGCGCCCCUCUGAUCGGGGCCCUGUCGGAUGUCUGGGGCCGCAAGUCCUUCCUGCUCCUGACCGUCUUCUUCACCUGCGCCCCCAUCCCCCUCAUGCGGAUCAGCCCCUGGUGGUACUUUGCCGUCAUCUCCAUGUCGGGCGUCUUUGCCGUCACCUUCUCGGUGAUCUUCGCCUACGUGGCGGACAUCACGCAGGAGCACGAGCGGAGCACGGCCUACGGUCUGGUGUCGGCGACCUUCGCGGCCAGCCUGGUGACGAGCCCGGCGAUCGGGGCGUACCUGUCGCGGGCGUACGGCGACACGCUGGUGGUGAUCCUGGCCACGGCCAUCGCGCUGCUGGACAUCUGCUUCAUCCUGGUGGCGGUUCCCGAGUCGCUGCCGGAGAAGAUGAGGCCGGCGUCCUGGGGCGCCCCCAUCUCCUGGGAGCAGGCCGACCCCUUCGCUUCGCUGCGCAAAGUGGGCCAGGACUCCACGGUCCUGCUCAUCUGCAUCACCGUCUUUCUGUCCUACCUUCCGGAGGCCGGCCAGUACUCCAGCUUCUUCCUGUAUCUCAGACAGGUCAUCGGCUUCACCUCGGAGACGGUGGCGGCGUUCAUCGCGGUGGUUGGGAUCUUGUCCAUCUUGGCGCAGACCGUGGUGCUGGGGAUACUGAUGCGCUCCAUUGGGAACAAGAACACCAUCCUGCUGGGCCUGGGCUUCCAGAUCCUGCAGCUGGCCUGGUACGGCUUCGGGUCACAGCCCUGGAUGAUGUGGGCAGCAGGUGCCGUGGCCGCCAUGUCCAGCAUAACGUUUCCGGCCAUCAGCGCCAUCGUGUCCCGCAACGCCGACCCUGACCAGCAGGGGGUGGUGCAGGGCAUGAUCACAGGGAUCCGGGGCCUGUGUAACGGGCUGGGCCCGGCGCUCUACGGGUUUGUCUUCUACCUGUUCCACGUGGAGCUGAACGAGAUGGACGCCGUGGAGAGCCCCGACAAGGACAGCAAGCCCAACAUGGCGAACCCUACUGACGAGAGCGCCAUCAUCCCUGGGCCGCCCUUCCUGUUCGGAGCGUGCUCAGUGCUGCUCUCCCUGCUGGUGGCCCUCUUCAUCCCGGAGCACAGCGGCCUCAACGUCCGCUCGGGCGGCUACAAGAAGCACAGCAACGGAGCGCAGAGCCACUGCCCCCAGACAGGGGGCGCCGAGGGCAAGGAGCCGCUCCUGGAGGACAGCAACGUAUAGCCUCGGCAGUGGGGAGGGGGUGGAGAACAUGACCCGGCCCCCCCCUUUUGCCCUCCCUCCCUCCGAGCGGCGGAGGAGGCUGCGUGUCUCUGGAGCUCGGCCGCCCCCCCUGCUUCUCUCCCGUCUACCGGCUGUCUGGCUGGGGGACUCCGCCAGCGAUGGCAGGCUGGCUGGAGCACGGUCGAGAGACACUGAGAGAGAGAGAGAGAGAGAGAGAGACAGAGAGAGAGAGAGAGAGAGAGAGAAAGAAAGAAAGAAACUGGGGGCACCAGAACAGCAGCAGCAUUGGAGAAUGUUGGGCCCUGGGGGAUCUUGCUCUCAGUCUUUUGAGGCAGGAUUCAGGGAUGAAGGCUCCAGGGUGGGGGGGGGGGGUUUGCACUGUAAGGAACGCCAACACGUGUGUACACAUUUCGGUUUGGCUGAAGGAUUUUUUUCCGCCCUUUCAUUUUUAAACAAGCUUUUUUUUUCUUAAGCAGUAGUCAGUUUUUUUUAAGGCAGCCAAGAAAAAGGAGAGUUACGAAGAUCUCUGUCCAAAGAAAGUCACAGAAUAACGGUUUAACCUCAUCUGUAGUUUUUCACGGAAUUCUUUAUUUUUGGGGUUGUUUUUCCAAUUAUAGGGGCUGGGGAAAAUCUAGAGGCCACUGUUUAAUUUUUUCAUAAUCUGAAUAAGGGAACUGUCAAAACCCACCCUGUAGUUGGUGUCUGUGUGAUGGGUGCAAGUUUAUAACAACGAACGUCAAUGCCAAACCCCAGGAAUGCCCUUCCUGUCCUGUUUAGAUGGACUGAAUACAAUACACUGUAUUUAUUUUUGACUUUACUUUGUGGGGAUGAGCAAAAGCUACUGUGUACAGAGUACAGUUUCAUUGACCGAUGGUUGCAGAACAGAAAGCCUUUUCAUAGAUGUGUGAAAGGCUGGCCUAUCCAUGGCAAAAUGCUGCUUUCAGAUGUACCAGUCAAUUUGUCUUUUUAUUAUUAUUUUUCAGCAUUGUCCUAUAUUCCCCAGGUGCCACUUUGGUCGUUCCUGCUGUUUCUGUUAACAAGAGGAUAGCUGUGUUCCGAGAUUUCAUUUACUGAAAAAGAAUUGCCUUUAAGUGACUAAUAUUACCCAACCUGAAUGAAGAAUAUCAGUUCUGAAAAGGGUUAGUAAUUUUUUAUAUCGCUCCCAUUGGAGCUUCUAUACAUUUCAGCUGUUUUUUUUUUUUUUUUUGCUUGUUUGUUUGACUGUUUGUCUGUUUCAGUUUCACACCUCUAACACCUCAUCUUUGUGAAGGUUGGCAGCACAGUACUGUGAACCUAUACCAGAAGAGUUGUAAAACACUUUAUAAACCUGUGGACAGUCUUAAAAUCUAGAUGUGGUAUCAAUGUAAGCACUGAUUUUGUUCAUAGAGAAUCUAUAUCAAAUUAGAUUAUAAUUAGGUUUAUGACUGUAAAUUGAGAUAUACAUGUGCACUGUUGCAUUAGAAAGGCUGGGUUAUAUAUAUUUAAAAAAACAUUUUAUGUGCUAUUGUAUAAAAGACUGCCAGUGUGGUAAUUAGUAUUAUGGUUUGGCUGUCAACAGUUUUGAAACAUCAAAAAAGGCAUUCAUUUUUAGGCCUAUGGAAGCUCUACAUUUUGAAAAUGCUGUUGGUCUUUGAUUAAAAAAGGAAUUUAAUACAUAGCAUUUUGAAAAGACAUUAGUUAUUGUACUUGAAAACGAUUGUCUUUCACGAAUACAAGUCACAAGUGCAUUGAAAUGACCAAAUCCUAGAAGUCCAGUGAGUUAGAAUGGUAAGUGACAUGCUCUGACUACUUUCAUAUUUGUUUUCAUACAUUAGGGGGUUUUUUUUGUGUGCCAUAUGUAUAUUUAAUUCACCCUUUUUCUUGUUUUUACGUUUCACUGGUGUCUGUUGCAGGGGCAUUGGACAAAAAUGUGUUGUUCAGCGCAGUUUGGACUUUCAAUGCAGUGACAUAGAGACUUACAGUAGGUUCGAGCUACAGGGUAGUGGCUUUUAAUGCACAAACAGCAUAACUGUUUUGAGUGUUCGAUUCUUCAUGACAUUGAUACGGAAGCCCAAAACUUAAUUUCAUUGUGUCCAUUCAUGUUUUGGUUUACGCACAGGCCAUUAUAUUUAGAAAUUCAAAUGGUAAUUUAGCAUUUCUCUUCUAUGUUCAUUCUGGGUGACGGGUGCAUAAGCUGUUAGAUCUCCUGUUAUAAUCUGAUUUGUAAAGGACUGGCUUACAGGCAGUGUGUGGCAUGAACAUGCCAAGCAGGCUGCACGUCAAGCAGGUCCUUCCUGGGUUGUUGCUAUGAUGUGGUUUUUGGCCUGAGGAAAAGACAGAGCCUCUUCCUUUAUGUGCCUAAAAUUUAGUUUAAAAAAUAAAUAAAACAUGAGUGUGUAAAAAAUGUAGAUAUGAAAACUAAUGUCAAAUUUAUUUAUUAAAGGUGUAUUGUACAUUGA